CCAACACAGUUCGAGUAAACUUUUCGUGCUCCCACAGCAAAUACCGCACACGUUUUGUAAAGUUUGAAUUCACGUAACGUUAGAUCAUACAAAUAAGUAAGAAGAAGGAAGUCUGUAGACUAGAUAUUGUAGUGUGUACAACUUUAAGUUUUUCUUUACAACAUACUCAACUUUUGACCAUCUGCAAAUCUACGUCUACAUAUGUCCGCAGCUAUUGAGUAGGAUAUUUUAUGGAAAAUUUGGCUAUAACCAAAAAACUCAUCAUGUCUAUGGACCGUAAAACAUGUUAUGUCUGGAAGUUCUUUCUACAACAAGCAGUACCAAACCAGUAUAAAUGCAAAAUUUGCCAGAAAAUUCUCUCAGUUAAGCAUAAAUCUUCAUUUAGCCUAAAACGUCACCUUGCGGCAAAACAUCCAACAUCGCAAUGCACUACAUCUUCUUUGUUGAAGGAAACAACAGACCAAAGGCAGGACCAAGAAGAACGGAGUGGUAGCUCGGUGGCCCAAACAACUGUAUCAAGUAUUUUAUCAAGGCGAGAUUUUCUGCAUGGAUUGAAUCCUUUAAGUUCAAGCACCAAAACCAGUUUGGAUAAAAAAUUGCUUUAUUUGUUUUGCAAUCAUACCUUGUCGUUCGAUCUUGUCGAGGCACCUGAUUUCAAAGCUCUUAUAAAAACGUUAUGCCCAAAAUAUAACCUACCUACCAAAAAGAAAUUAAGUAAUGAAAUGUUAGAUCUAGCGUACGAGGAGCAAUUCGCUAAAAUUCUCAACAACAUUAGUAAAGCUAGUACCGUUUCCCUAACAUCGGAUGGAUGGACAAAUAUUAAUAAUGACUGCUUCUUUGCACUAACCGCUCAUUACAUUGACAAAGAUGAAUGUAAACUACGUUCAUUUUUAUUGGAGUGUAGCAAUUUCUACGACAGAACCACGGCCCAAGCUAUAUCCGAAUGGCUGCAAAGUGUAAUGAAAAAAUUUGAUAUUGAAGAUAAAGUAGUUUGCGUGGUUACUGAUAAUGCUAAAAAUAUAGCAAGUGCUGUUAGUUUUUUACAAUUAGAAAAUAUGCCAUGCUUUGCCCAUACCCUCAAUUUCGCCAUAACGGAUGCUAUCAACAUUUCGAUUAAAGACACUAUUGAUAAAGUUAAAAAGAUUAUAACCUAUUAUAAAAGAAAUUCUAGUGCUACGGUUACGCUUCAAGAGUUUCAAAGACAUCAUACGCAUGCAGAAAAUGAUUUUUUUCUAGAUGGGCCAACGCAGUGGAAUUCAACAUAUUCUAUGAUAGAAAGAUUUUUCGAGAACAAAGCUCCCAUCAAUUCAUCGCUCAAUGUUUUAGGAGUAAAUUCUGAACUAAUAGAGAAAGAUUGGAUUAUUAUGAAAGAAGCUGUAGAUGUACUUCACAUUUUUGAAAGUGUCACUCAGGAAAUAUCAGCCGAAAAACAUGUAACCAUAUCAAAGAUGAAAGUAAUAGUAACACUGUUAAUAGGUAAACUUAAGGCUCGAAAUCUAACUAACAUGACAAAUGAAGUGGGGAACUUGGUGGAAUGUUUACUCAACAACUUAAGUAAAAGAUUCAGUUACCUAAGUAGAAAUACAGUUUCACUAGCAACCAUUUUAGACCCUAGAUUUAAGAAGAAAGGAUUUGGAAGUACUGAAGAAUUUGAUCAGGCAGUUACACUGCUAUUGACAGAAAUGGAUAAACUAGACGCAGAGAUCCAAAUGAAUUUCGAUGAAGAUGUGAAAGAUCCACUUGAACUGGUCGAAGUUACUGCUAGAGACGAAACCAGUAUUUGGGAUGAUUUCGACACAAACCAAAUCCCUAAGGUGAUUUUGCACACACGAUUAUCCACCAAGAAAGAAUUGGAUAAUUAUUUAGCUGCGCCCUUAUUACAUCGCACAGAUGACCCUAUUGAAUGGUGGAACAUGGAGAAACAUAAUUUGCCAAUUUUGUACCAGAUAAUGAUGCGAACGCUUUGCAUACCGGCAUCUGCUGUUGCAUGCGAGCGUGUUUUUUCAAAAGCCGGCGAUAUUGAAACAAAAAUAAGGAAUACGUUAACGACUAGUAAAAUAGGCAAAAUGCUGUUUAUUAAGCAUAAUAAUAAUAUCGAGUGAAUUUUUGUACGCCCAAGCGCUAAGGUUAGCCAGUGGAUAUUUCGUUAAGACCAUCGAAUAAUAAAUAAAUAAGACAUCCGCACAAGCAAUAUGUACAGAAGUAUCAAAUAUUUUUUAAAUUCAUCCAAAACAACAUACAUCAAAACCUACCUUUAGUACGCACACGAUUUCUACACACUUCUUGUGCGUGCACUU